ACCCAGACCCACUGAGCACUGGCCUGGUGCGGAGAGUGAGUCGGGACCUCACGCCGCUCUCUCCCCCUCUCUGUGGGUCUCAGAUUUGGACUGGCAAGGGCCCCAGGGACCAUGGGCCUCGGGCCCUGAGGACGCCGGGCUCCCUGUGGCCAUGACGACGGGGGACUGCUGCCACCUCCCCGGCUCCCUGUGCGACUGCUCUGGCAGCCCGGCCUUCUCCAAGAUCGUGGAGGCCACAGGUCUCGGGCCACCCCAGUAUGUGGCACAGGUGACGUCGAGGGACGGCCGGCUCCUCUCAACUGUCAUCCGGGCUUUGGACACGCCAAGUGACGGUCCUUUCUGCCGGAUCUGCCAUGAGGGAGCGAAUGGGGAGAGCUUGCUGUCUCCGUGCGGCUGCGCCGGGACGCUGGGCGCCGUGCACAAGAGCUGCCUGGAGAGGUGGCUUUCUUCGUCCAACACCAGUUACUGUGAGCUGUGCCACACGGAGUUCGCGGUGGAGAAGCGGCCCCGGCCCCUCACAGAGCCUCUCCCCCUGCAGUGGCUGAAGGACCCCGGGCCGCGAACAGAGAAGCGGACGCUGUGCUGCGACAUGGUCUGCUUCCUCUUCAUCACGCCGCUGGCGGCCAUCUCGGGCUGGCUGUGCCUGCGCGGGGCCCAGGACCACCUGCGGCUCCACAGCCGGCUGGAGGCCAUGGGGCUCAUCGCCCUCACCAUCGCCCUCUUCACCAUCUACGUGCUCUGGACACUGAGGGUGCAUUCAUUCACCAGCGAGAGAGCGAGAGGCAGACAGAGAGAGAAGAAAUCACUCCCCAAUGGGAGGCAGUCACGCCACGAUCCCUUCUCCAUUUUUCCUUCUGGGUCUCCUUCCGCUACCAUUGCCAGCUGUACUCCGAGUGGAGACGGACCCACCAGAAAGUGCGUCUGAAGAUCCGGGAGGCGGACGGCUCCCAGGGCUCCCAGCACUCCCCACUGGCAACCGGGCUCUUGAAGAAGGUGGCAGACGAGACACCUGUGUGAAGGCCAGGCUGACAGAGAGCCCUGUGACAGAGACCAGAGCGAGUGGUGAUGCCCCGGCUCUCGGAGGGACGGAAACUGCCCGACCCUUCCCGCACGGCCAGAACGCUUCUUAGGCCGAGACACCCAGCGGAGCCCAUUCUAAGAUCCUGCGUGGAUGUACUUUCAGGUUUUUGCACAACCUUAAUGUGACAAGGACAGGUGGGCGUGGUCCUGAGCUUCGGAUGGAGCAGGCACCCUGAUCUCAUUCUGAGGUCCGUUUGGCACCUUCUGGGCCGCCAGCUGUGGCCAGCGUGUCAAGGACGCCCUCUGGGCUGGAAGGUUCCAGCAGGCUUCUUGCGCUUCUCUGCACCUGGCAGGCUCGCUUUUCUGGCACCCCUGACUUUAUAUAAAGUUGCACUGCGUUUCAAAAACCCCACCCCCCGAAUGAAUAAAAGGAGUUCUUGCUGGACAAAA